AUGGCCUUCGCCCGGUUCCGGGAGUGCUUCUUCCCAGCAGCGGAGUGGGUCGAUGGAGAGGAUCCGGAGCCCCUGCGGGAGGCGCUAUGGUCCCUGGUCCUGGCCUGGCAGCUGGCUUCGCCAAAGCGCGUAACUUUGGUGGAGCCGGCUUUUGAAGAGUUGGGCCGGGUUCUAACAACUGGUGGCUGCUGGCAGCGGGCUGAAGCUGCCCUUUGGCUCCUGGCCAAGUAUGCCAAGGGUGGGAAGAAGGAGGAGGUGCAGAAGGCAUCCCAGGCCCCACUCCUCAUCUUAACGAAGCUCCAGAACUUGCACGAAUCUGUUUUGCGUCCCUUGGAGCCACUGGUGAUCUCCUCAUGCGCUCUUGUCGAAGCCAUACCGUGUGCCGAAGCGGCACCCUUCUUGCUGGAGCUGCGGUUGGCGCGGCCCCAGGCCCGCAAGGCUUUGCGCAGCGUCUGUGCCUCCUGUCGAUCGGCCCUGAUGGGCACAGACUUGGCCCGGACAUUACAGCGGAGGGCGUUGGAAGGCGAAGACGAUUUGGUGGCAUCGGCUGCACAGCUUCAAGAUGCGGAUGGAGUUCGCCAGCUGGCGCAGCAUUGGGCGAAACUUUGUCUCGAGGCCUCUCCUGCACAGCUGCCUCAACGUGCACGUGCGGUUUUCGCUUCGAUGACACGUGCAGACAUCUGCUUGCUGCUAAUGCCAGAUUGCGCUCACUUCCUGCGCUUCGUGCCCCGGGAGGAACAGGUGCUUUUCGCAGUACGCGUCGCCGAGUUUGCAAGCACCUCACAGCAUCUCCGG